AUGCAAAGCGUUCUCGCAAAGAUGACGACAGGCGCGAUCGCGACCGCGAUCGCGACCGGCGAGACGGCGCACCACGCGACAGCCGGCGCCGGUCGCGUAGCCCGCACACCUACCGCGAUCGAGACCAAGCACGCGAUCGCGACAGAGACCGCAACCGAAACCGAAACCGGGACCGCUCGCGCGACAGAGGAGGCUACCGUCGAGACCGAGACGACUGGCGGAACGACCGAGGCUCCGACUACCGACGCCGAUCCUCGCGGUCACGAUCUCGUUCGCCGGCAGGCCGACGUCGGGACCACAGCCGUGAUGGUGGCCGAAGCGACCGCAGCUACCGUGGCGGCAGCCGACGGGAAGGCACAGCCGAAGCCCCUCAAGUCCGAGGCCGAAAAGAAGGCCGAUCGUCUGGCAAAGCUCGAGGCUUGGAAGAAGAAGCUCGAGCAGAAACAGGCCGCGGCAGCAUCUGCAUCCCCGUCGGCCACGGCGGCUGCCUCGCCCGCAUUCGCAGCACAAGUUGCAACAGACACCCUGGCUACAGCAGCAGCGCCUGCUGACGCCGCAUAUGCCGGCAAGUUCGACCCAAAGGCCAUCGCUAAGAAAUCUGCUGCUCGACACCACUCGCCUGGGCUGCUUGGAUCUGUCACUCUAGGGAAGCCUGCUACGGCGGAGAGCAAAGCGCCGGCACCGCCCACGGCCAAGAAGGCGUUUGCAAAGGCCAAGCCGUUUAGCGGUUUCGGAUUUGGCAAGGGCGCCGCCGACGCUGCUGCCGGAAAGCGCAAGCUCGACCUCGACGACGAGGAGACCUCCAAGCGAAAGCUAGCUAAGCUCCCCGAUGCCUCUCUAGAAGACGCUGACGAUGCCCCCUACAACGAAGACGAAGACGAGGAUGACGAGGACGAUGGUAGAUUCGAUGGCACCGAAGAGGAGUUUGCUGCGGCUGCUCGUGCUGCCCGCGAGCGCCGCGACGAACGCAUCUUACAAGAAAAGAUGGCGAUCGAGACGGAUGCACCCGAUGGCGCUGUUGUUGAUGGCGCCGGCGAGGAAGAAACAAAUGCCACUUCUUCGUCAGAACCAACGGCCGAUGCACCGCAGUCUACGACGGCGUCAGAACCUGCCCCGGUCGUCAAGUCCGAGCCAGAAGCCAUGGAGGUUGAUGAGGCGAAACCAGCUGUUGAGGCGAAACCUGCACCCGCUAAAGUGAACGGGUUUACACGCACACAAGAUGCCGCGCCCCAAACCCCGACCGAAAUGGACGUGGACGACGACGUCGACCCGCUCGAUGCGUUCAUGGCGAACCUCGACCAGGCACCGGCCACGAAAAAGCCAUUGAAAACAAAGAAGCCCGCAGCCGAGCCUGAGGCGUACUUUAGUGAUGACGAAGACUACUUUACCAAGGCCCAGGACAGCCUGGAUGCGAAAUCCAUUUUGGCCAUGGCGGCCAAGCGCAAGAAGAAGGAGAUCCCCACGAUCGACUACAGCAAACUGGACAUCACGCCGGUUCGCAAGAACUUCUGGGUCGAGCCGUCAGAUCUCAGCCAGCUUACGGAGGCCGAGGUCGCCGAGCUGCGGCUGGACCUGGACGGCAUCAAAGUCUCCGGCAAGGACGUCCCAAAGCCGGUGCAGAAAUGGUCGCACUGCGGACUGACGCAGACGAUGCUGGGGGUCGUGGAGAAGCUCGGGUACGAGAAGCCAACACCGAUCCAGAUGCAGGCGCUGCCCGUCAUCAUGUCGGGCCGCGACGUGAUUGGCGUGGCCAAGACGGGUUCUGGCAAGACCAUGGCGUUCCUGGUGCCCAUGUUCCGCCACAUCAUGGACCAGGAUCCUGUCAAGGACAACGAGGGCCCGAUCGGCCUCAUCCUGACGCCCACGCGUGAGCUGGCGGUGCAGAUACACAGGGACUGUAAGCCGUUUGCCAAAGCGCUUGGGCUCCGCGCCGUCUGCGCCUACGGCGGCCCACCCAUCAAGGACCAGAUUGCGGAGCUGAAGCGUGGCGCGGAGAUCAUUGUGGCCACGACAGGCCGCAUGAUUGACCUGCUUGCGGCCAACCAGGGCCGCGUCGUGAGCCUGAAGCGGACGACGUACAUUGUCCUGGACGAGGCCGACCGGAUGUUUGACAUGGGCUUUGAGCCGCAGGUGAUGAAGAUCUUUGCCAACAUCCGGCCCGACAAGCAGACGGUGUUGUUCUCGGCCACGAUGCCGCGCAUUAUCGACGCGCUCGUUAAGAAAGUGCUCAACAACCCCGUCGAGAUCAUUGUCGGCGGCCGCAGCGUGGUGGCGCCCGAGAUCACGCAGAUCGUCGAGGUGCGGGAGGAGAAGGAAAAGUUCUUCCGGCUGCUGGAGCUCCUCGGCGAGCUCUACAUGAACGACGAGGACGUGCGGUCGCUCAUCUUCGUGGAGCGGCAAGAAAAGGCGGACGAACUGCUGCGCGAGCUGCUGCUGAAGGGCUAUGGCUGCAUGUCGCUGCACGGUGGCAAGGACCAGAACGACCGCGACUCGACGAUUACCGACUUCAAGAACGGCGUGUGCCCUGUCCUGGUGGCGACAUCGGUCGCGGCGCGCGGCUUGGACGUGAAGCAGCUCAAGCUGGUGGUCAACUACGAUGCGCCGAACCAUUUGGAAGACUACGUGCACCGUGCCGGCCGUACGGGUCGUGCUGGCAACACAGGCACUGCCGUCACGUUCAUCACGGAGGACCAGGAGAACUGUGCACCGGGCAUCGCCAAGGCGCUGGAGCAGAGUGGGCAGCCCGUGCCCGAGCGUCUGGCCGAGAUGCGCAAGGCGUGGCGCGAGAAGGUCAAGGCAGGCAAGGCCAAGGACCAGUCGGGCUUCGGCGGCAAGGGCCUCGAGAAGCUGGACAAGGACCGGCAAGCCGCCCGGCAGCGCGAGCGCAAGACACACAAGGCGGAAGGCGACGACGAGGAGCCCGACAAGGAGGCCGCCGAGGAGGACGAUAAGAAGAAGCAGGCCGCGAGCAACCUGGCACAGUCCGCAGCGUCGGCCAUUGUGUCGCGCGACACGGCCAACGAGGGUGGCGAUAGCAGUGCGGCGGCGUCGGCGGCCGCGGCCGGGAAUGCCGCACCGGGUGUGGCCCUGCCUUCGAAGCCAGGCGUUGGUGGCGGCGCAGCACUCGAGAAGGCGGCGUCGGCCAUCAACGACAUCAAUGCCCGGCUGGCCCGAGCCGGCCAGCUGCGCUCUGGCCAGGCCAUCGACAACAAGGGCCCUGAUGCAGGCGCCUUUCAUGCCACGCUCGAGAUCAACGAUUUCCCGCAAAAGGCUCGAUGGGCCGUCACGAACCGGACAAAUGUGGCCAAGAUUCUCGACUCGACCGGCACGUCGAUUACGACCAAAGGCACCUUCUACGCGGCCGGUGCCAAGGUGCCCCCGGGUGGCGAGGCCAAGCUGUACCUGCUCAUUGAGGGUGAUACGGAGCUGGCUGUGGGCAAUGCGCUCACUGAACUGACACGUUUGCUGCGCGAGGGUACGGUAGCUGCAGCGGAUGCAGAGAGCCGGGCGCCGGCCAGUGGACGGUACACGAUUACGUGA